AUGAAACGCAUUCUGAAGCGAGCCAUCCUAGAUCACCUUACUUCCAGCAAUCUGAUAUCUCCAGCUCAACACGGAUUUCUCCCAAACCGUUCUUGCGUGACAAACAUGCUCGUGUUUAUGGACAGCUUAACCCAAGCCAAGGACGAAGGACUCAUAUCGGAUGCCAUAUUUUUCGACUUCUCAAAAGCAUUUGAUAGGGUCCCACACGUCCCGCUGCUCCACAAACACGAGUCUUACGGGAUUCAAGGGAAAAUCCAUCGCUGGAUCAAGGCGUUCCUAUCAGACAGAUCAUACCGAGUGAGAAUAGGCUCUACCUUCUCCUCACCGGCGCCGGUCUCCAUUGGAGUUCCUCAAGGCUCCAUCCUGGGACCAGUGCUACAUUUAUUUAUGCGAAUCCUCGCGCUGGCAAGCAUACUGCCCCGCGCUGAGAACAUAAAGAGCAGUGCUACACCCUUUUUUCACUUGUGCCUUUCAGGUGAACGACAGCCACUGACUGACAAGAACAAAACCGACCCGGGAAACUUGGGCAAAAUCCUCGAUUCUGUAUCAGUCCGUGAAUCCGUGAAUCUCAAGGUCCAAGGCUCAAGGACGCGGCGGGCUUUCUGUGGCCGAUCAUUCGAUUUUGAUCGAAAGAUGACGGAGAGCCCGGUAGCAACGGCAAAGGCGCAUGUGAUGCUGUACGACGCCGAUGCCAGCACUUGGGUUCCCAGUGGCCCGCGACCUGGAGUGGCCAAAGUUCAGCUAUACCACAACACUGCAACAAAUGCCUACCGAGUGGUUGGAUGGCGCCUUCAAGACCGUGAGGUGGUCCUCAACUGUGCCAUUGUACGUGGCCUCAAAUAUCAAUGUGCCCGUCGAACGUUUCAUCAGUGGCGAGACAGCAAACAAGUGUACGGAUUGAAUUUCACCUCGGGCGAGGAAGCGGAUGAGUUCGCGGCCGCUAUUGAAUCCGCCCUGGGUCAUCUGGCUGCCCUGCACCAACAUCAGCAGUUGCAGCAGCAACCGCAACAAGCAUCCCUACCCCCGUCGCCACAACAACAACAGCAGCAACAACAACAACAACAGAUAACCCAGUCCUCCAUGCCUGUCAAUAGCAGACCUCCUGUCAAACCUCCGAAUCCGUACGAAGCAAACAACCACUACGAUUCAUCCCAAGAGCAACCGCGACCCCCUCAAUCGGUCACCAGAAUUGUGACGGGCGCCUACGUGGACAUGAGUCAAGCAUCAAUUAUCCCUCCCAAUUCCCGCGCUUCUGCAACACCUACCCUGGGACGCCACCACUCCGUCACCGCUGAAUACGCAUAUCCGGGGCACGCUACCGUGGAUGCCCAACGCCCAGGACCCGUCGAUCAUGGCUAUUCCCGAACGGACUGUACUGGUACGACAACUGUCAACGGAACAAUAGCCAACGGGAACGGAGGAACGUAUGCCCCUCCUAGGGAUUCUCGUUAUUACUCGUCCUCGGAUGACAGCGUCAAAGGUCUUGUCGCGAGAGAUGGUGCCAACUUCCCGAAUCAGAUUCGCACCAGUCCUAAUGAAGCCCGCAGCAAUCCAAACCAAUCCAUAUCCCCUUCCGUCAGUUCAGGUACGUUGCCCAAUGGUCCUGAUUCAGCCCCCACUGCUCCACCGGUAAUACCGCCUCCACCCCCGCCGUUGUUCCCCAAUGAACCUGCCAACACAGCACGCGCCAGUCGUCCGUUGCAUCGAUCGACCGUCACUCCACCGGCCGUUUCUGACGCGGGUGACGACGAAGACGAUGUAUCUGGUGUAAACGAAGGAGGUUUGGCGGCGCAGCUCCGAAUGGCCAAGCAGCACCGCCUACGUGCGGCAUCCGUAGCCAAUGUGGGCUCUGAAUCUCAGGGUUCCGCCACUGUGGGACGUGCAGCCGGAUUGGACAUGAUCUCCGAUUUACAAAGGGUUUUGGCCGCUCGACGACGCGCAAAAGAAGCGGAGGAAAGUGACGUCACCGAUUCUCCAGCUGGCGACGCCCCAGCUUCACAGUCCGUUAAUGGUAACCGCCCGCCCACCAACGCCAACCCCUCUCAACAACAACAGUCUACCGGCCGAGCGACAUCAAUCGUUCCGGGCUUCGCUACACUGAGAAAGAACUCCAGUCCAGCCUUAGACACUAACAGUCUGAACUUCCUGUCCAGCAGUGGCAACGGCAUGACUUCUUCCAGCGGAUCUUCUAAUCCUGCUGCCACAGAUGGUACAACGGUUUCCCGCGCUGAUUUGGAAGCCUUUAAAAGAGAGCUAAUGGCUGAAUUUCGUCGAGAAGUGCAGCAAUUGAAGAACGAUCCUUACGCGCUGCUACCAUCAACCGCUGCUCCUGACCGGCGUAUCACUGCCAUCUUCCCGCCUGCGCAUUUACUCCCUCCCCCCCCCCCACCAACCCACUGCCAACCAUUCCACACAGACACGAACACCACAUUGUGUCAGUCAGUUCCCAGUCUGGAGGAAAGUUUGCUGCGAGAUAUACGUUUCACUCCUGUUGUCUUUUUCCGGGUUUAG